AUGUCAUCCACUCAUGAUGUGACAGGAAACCACAGCAAGGGCUGGCGGGAGAAUGAGGGUCAGCCUGGUCCUCAAGGCCCUCCUGGUCCAAAAGGCGAGAAGGGAGAUCAAGGUGAUCAGGGCCCUCGGGGUCUGCCAGGCUUCCCCACAGUUGCUGCUCUGCACAGUAAUCAGAUCCUCACCGUCAAGAUGGUGUUUCCUAAAAUCAAUCAUGGGUUUCUCUCUGCUGAUCAGCAGCUCAUUAAACGCCGCCUCAUUAAGGGGGACCAAGGACAAGCUGGACCCCCUGGGCCUCCAGGGCCACCAGGACCCAGAGGUCCCCCAGGAGAUACUGGCAAAGAUGGUCCUCGUGGGAUGCCUGGCUUAACGGGUGAGCCAGGAAAACCAGGAGAACAAGGAUUGACAGGACCUCAGGGGCCUCCAGGACAAAAGGGUUCUGUUGGAGUGCCUGGUGUUCCAGGGAGAGAUGGACAAGUGGGUGAACCUGGUUUGCCUGGCAUAGCAGGAGAGAAGGGAGAAGCGGGGCUCAAGGGUGACCCUGGAGAAAGAGGAGAAAAGGGGGAUGCUGGUGAGAAUGGAAUGAAGGGUGACACAGGAGAAAAGGGUGACCCUGGCUCUUCUGCGGCUGGAAUUAAGGGUGAACCUGGUGAAUCCGGACGGCCUGGGCAAAAGGGUGAACCAGGCCUUCCUGGGCUUCCUGGACUCCCUGGAAUAAAGGGUGAACCAGGUUUCAUUGGUCCACAAGGAGAACCUGGGUUGCCAGGGCUACCAGGAACAAAGGGUGACAGAGGAGAGGCAGGCCCUGUUGGGAAGGGUGAGCGAGGUGAACCUGGAAUCCCUGGACCAAAGGGGAAAACAGGUGAACCUGGAUCUAGAGGCCCCAAAGGGUCAAAGGGGGAUACCGGUGAGAGAGGUGACACAGGAUCUGCAGGUCCACAGGGACCACCUGGACAGAAGGGCGAUCAAGGUGCAACAGAGAUAAUUGAUUAUAAUGGCAAUAUCCAUGAAGCUCUACAGAGGAUUGCCACCCUGACUGUCACGGGACCACCAGGACCACCAGGACCCCAAGGGCUGCAAGGGUCAAAGGGUGAACCAGGAUCCCCAGGAAUUCCAGGAGCUGAUGGAGAACAGGGUCCUAAGGGCUCAAAAGGAGACACAGGUGAUCCUGGAAUGCCUGGAGAAAAAGGGGGAAUUGGACUGCCUGGCCUACCAGGAGCCAAUGGCAUGAAAGGCGAAAAAGGAGACGUUGGUUUGCCUGGUGCCCAAGGUCCUUCGAUGAUAGGACCACCUGGACCACCAGGGCCACAUGGUCCUCCAGGCCCUAUGGGACCUCAUGGACUGCCUGGCCCAAAGGGUAUAGAUGGCCCGGUUGGUCCCCAUGGCCCUGCAGGUCCCAAAGGAGAGAGAGGUGAGAAGGGAGCUGUAGGUGACCCUGGACCCAGAGGACCGUACGGCUUGCCUGGCAAAGACGGCGAGCCUGGCCUUGAUGGUUUCCCUGGUCCUCGAGGAGAAAAGGGUGAUAUAGGAGAAAAGGGAGAAAAGGGAUUCCGUGGAAUUAAGGGGGAAAAAGGGGAGCCAGGCCAGCCUGGCCUGGAUGGGCUGGAUGCCCCUUGCCAAUUGGGUCCUGAUGGAUUACCAAUGCCUGGCUGUUGGCAAAAGGGAGUCACACCAUGGCUCAUUGCUAGAAAGAGAUAGACCAGAGGAGCACAGAAAGAGGCCUUGAAUUUUUGGGGAAUAGCAUUCCAGCUGCAGGUGGAUGGCUUCCAGUCUUGCGGGAUACUUGGCCCCUUUGAUCAGAGAGGGUCCCGCCUGUUGAUCAGCAUCGGUUUUGCCUUGCGCUGCUCACGGUCGUGAAGACAUUCGCGAUAGGCCCUGUCGAGUCCUUCAUCAAGAGGGACAGAACGUUGAAGAAGAAACCAGACUUCUCUGUGGGUUGUUUGAAAAGGUUACAGAGGUGCUGCAGGGAUCAUUUGUGGCAGACACCACCUGAGACCAGAAUCUUCUCAGCCUCGCUUGAGGACGGACAGAGUGUAUAUACUCUGCAUAUUGUAUUUUGGAAUGCUGGAGGAGAAAGCACUCUUGAGGUGGGGAUGAAUCAGAUCAUCCUCCAGAGGAGGAUAGCAAUGGAACUGACCAGAGAUGUUAGUAUCAUGGUGUGGUUUUCAGGUUAUUCACUUCAAAUUACACAUAACUAGCUGAACUUCUCUACUGGAUUUUGGAAGCAAUGGUUUGUUUUGUUUCCUUUUCCUGUUACUGUUGCCAUAAAGAAUGCAUUUCAAUAAUCCAUUCAACAUUUGGGAGGACGGCAUUGAAGAAAAUACACUCAAGCCUCAUAUUCAUCUUGUUUCAGUAUUAACAGUUUUUAUUUCAGAGUCUUUGAAGUCUUUAAGUCUAGAAAAGAAAGAGUUUAUUUUUGUGUUUCACAGAAUGAUGUAUUCAUCUUGUUCCUUUUAUGUUGUUACGGUGAUUUUAGUGGACAUUAUUGCUCAAAAAACAUUGGAGAGAAACAAUUCUGUGUGAUUAUCACUGCACGCUUGUCUCCACGCUCCACUGUUAAAUGUGUUGAUUUUUCUCCCUUUCUGUUCAGAUGGCUUUCUAGAGAAACAUUUCCUUCUCCACUUUUUUUUUUAUUGCUAGAAAUACGUAAUUUGUGCACAUUUGUAGUUUUGCCACGAGGUGUUUUUUUAAGAAUUUUGAGUCUUCAUAUGGUGCACUGAGUUUGAGAGAAUAAUUUAUGAGAAAUGGUGCCAUAUUUGGCAGAUGGAAAUUUUUUUUUAUAUCACUUCUGUUCCUAAUGUAUAUAGCACGAUCAUCCCAAAUGGUUUUAGUUAUUUUUCGAAGAGUUGUCUUUCAUAUGUAGACCAAAAGUAAAGUUGAGGAAGGCAGCUUGUCUCCAUUCAUAUGAGGGCACCUUAUGCCCUUCUUGGAACGCACAUUUUUCCUAGCUCCAUUGUUUCUAAAUCAUGUGAAGAUGGGGUCACACUUUUUGUAUUGCUUCAUGAUCUCAGAUCAGUGGAAAUGCCACUAUAAUGGAAAAUUUCUUUUUGAUGAAACUUUAUUGUCAUUUUGGUACAUUGGAGUCAAACCCAGCUUUUCAUUGUGGAAAACACAGAUUUUUAAAUCAUGAAGUCAAUUUAGCAGCCUCCAGUUAGUAAAAUCCUACUAAUAAAAACAAAAAUCUGACACUAUACACUGAAUACAUAUGUAUUUUUACUGCUCAAUUCCAUCUUUCCAAUAGCAAGAAAUAAACAAGUGUUCACAGAUGUAAGGAAAUAUGCUUUGCUUUCCCUAAAUUUUCAGAGAUGCAAAUGACAACCUGUUUGAAUAGUAAUGAUUACAACAGUGAAAACUUUCAGGUGGCACAGGCAGAAUAUAAAACGUUACCAGAGUGUUACAGCAAUAAAAGGCGACUGAGGGCCUUUCAGAAGGAGGACAGGAUCAGCACUCUGACUCACCACUUUCAGUCUGCUAUUUUAGGCAGCACUGUCUCAAAAACACAGCAGGCUGAGGAGCAAGCUGCCUGCCUGGCAGAAAAGAGUCACUCAUGUCAGUGUCCUGACUUGGCACAUUUGGCUGGGUAUAUGGUAGAUGUGGAGAGUAGAAACUGAAUGUUUUUUAAUAUAUCUAAUACUGGCAAUUGAUACAGUACAAUUAAAUAAUUUUGAAAAGUUUUUAAAUUUCAGAGUAUUUACAUGCAAAAUCAAGUAGGAUAUUUAUUAUCUGACUAGAUGAUUUAUCAGCCCCUUAUUGAGACUGUCCACAAAUGCAACUCAUUUAAGAAAUAGCAACAAGAUAAACAAUGCUGUCAUUAGCACUUUCUUAUUCUUUUUUUAAUUUGUGUACUUAUAUUUUUUAACUGCCCUCCUGGCAUCUAUUUCUGUAUGUGCCAAUAAAGCUAGCAGAGCUUUGGUCCAUGGUUUUGUCAUUCAGGAAAUAAUUAUAGACACUACUAUUAAGUGUCAAAACUCAGUUAUCCUUUAACUCCCUGACACUGAGACCCUACUGAAGAAACACUUAAGCACCUUCAUUUGCUUUCUUUUCUGUCUUGUAAAUUAAUUUCUUUAUUAAAUUCCCAGCAAGUAGGAAAGUAGGAUUAACUUUUUCUUUUUUUUUUCCCAAAUAAUCUUACUUGGCUUUUUUAGCUUUUGUAUUGUUCGAUAUCAUGACAUGUUCAUUUCUUUUAAAUAACCAUGAGCAAGCAGUAGACAAUUUAAUUUGAAAGGUUAAACUACAUACAUAGAUUUGGCAUUAAUAUUUGCAUCUCAGAUUGAAUUGAAUGAAACUUCACCAUAUCUAGAAAAGUUGCAUGGUCAAUACAAGAAAAAAAAAUUUGGUUUAAUAUUUCAUCAAGAAAAGCACCCUGUGAAGACUUGCAACAUCUUUAUUUUGUUCAAGAAGCAAUUAUUUCUGGUGCUAGUAUAUCUUUUUCCUUUUGAUGGCAAAGCUACAGUUUGAACUGCCAGUGUGGUGUUGUAUCGUUUAGUGGCAUUCCUCCAGAUAGAUAUGAUUUGUUUUGUUUAGUUUGUGACAGGAACAGUAGUUCCUCUACCAGUCUUUUCAGUUGUAGAAAUGUGUAGUGGUAUUAGUCUACACAGUUUCUGUAUCUCUGACUUUUUCCAGGUAUGAUUAAUCCUUGUUUCUUUGAGAGUUUUCAGUAUUUGUUUCAUAUGAAAUUUUGUAAUUAUCUGUUACUCCAGUGCAUUAAAACCACAUUGUGCAGAAGUCCUGCUACAGAGGCUGCAAAUCUUUUAAGCACUGUAUGGAAUAUGUCUGACAUACGUGGUCCUUGUCAUAGACUAACUAUGGGAAAGCUUUCUUUCAGGAUGCUUUGGACAACUUUUUAUUUUUUCCUGAGAUAAAGCAUGAGAUAUUAAAUCACAGAGCAAUGAUAAAAUGUAUUUUUUGAUUUAUAUUUUUAUUUAUUGCUGGUCGUGAUGCCAUAUUCUGAUAGUGUAGCAAAGCAGAAUGAUACUCUUCAUCCAGCUGUUUAUAUAUUCUUUUAGUCUAUGGUGUAAGUAGUAUGAAUGAGUUUCAGAAUGAUCAAAUCCAUAUAUCUGCACAUGUGUAAAGUAUAGAGUUGGAAAAGGAAUAGAAAGGUUGAUGUACAGUGUGGAAAGUUAACAUUGGCUCCACUGAGCAUCGCAGCCAUGGACGGGGUGCAUGUGACCACCAGUCACUCGGUUCUGCCACGGGAGAGACAAAGCAGCCCCAAAUGACAUCAGCAGAGCCUUGGUGCUCGUGCUUGUAAGGCUGGGAGCUGUGGCAGGACACAUGGCUGGGAUCCUGGAUCCCCACGGAGAUGAGCUGUCCCACUGACCACCCCAGAGCUGGGAUCAUAAACCUGGCUCAGCCAUGCAAGGCUCCUCCCCUGGCUGUGCCUCCCCAUCCCCAGCAAGGAGCAGGGGACAGAGAUGCAUCCUCUCCUUGCAGAGCUCUUUGAGACAUGCAGGAGGAGGGACACGGGUGUGAAGCUUUGUAAUGAGGGCAGUAUAACCACCUUCAGCAGUGGGUUUUGCCUAAAUCAGGACUACUUCAGUAAGAACUGCAGAGAUAUUGUCAGCCUGUUUAUUGAAAGUGAUGAAGAGGUUCAAGGCAUGCAGAAGUUGACCCUUCCCUUCAAAUUUACUGAUCUCUGCUGCUUGGCCAUCUUAUAUUACACUUCUAAAUCUCUAUAUUUUACCUAAUGAGAUUCUUAAAUUUUCACACUAAAGACUCACACAAAACACAUCUGCAAAGAUAUUGGUCAAAAGAAAGUCUAAUUUGUAGUCAUUGCAAAAAUUCUAUUUCAGUGACUGGAAUUAAAACCAACACUGAUUUUUUUUAUUUUUUUUUUAAUUUUCUGCAAUUUGUUUUCAUGGAUGUCAGUGUUGCUGUAAUGUAUAAAUGAAGGUUUUCAUGCACCCUCUGUUAUUAAAGUAUUUUACGUGGUGGUUGGAUUCAUUAGUUAGAAACAAGUGCCUGCCACCAUCAUUUCUGAAAAAGAUACUCUACGGAACAAGUGGAGUUUGUUUUUUAAAAGGGAUUUGGAGUGUUGUUUUUGUUUCAUUUUGUUUUUAAAUGCAUCCAAUUACCAAUGCUGCUUGGAAAUUGAAUUUUCUUUGAAAGCAGGGGGCCUUAACUUAACCUGGGACCGUUAGUGUUUUACUUGUUUCUAUUUAAAAAAGAAAUUGUAUGAAUUUCCCAGAUCCCAUUGGUACUUGCACACUUCUCUGAAGUAUUAUGGAGAGUUGGGUUGGUGGAAGAAUGUUUUACAUACUGUUAACGUAUAUGUGGAUAUUCUUAUAUUAUUGUACAUGUUUGGGAAAAUAUCACACAACUUUAAAAAUGUUGCUAAGAUGUAUGUAUCUGACUUUUUCCUUUGGAAAAUAUUAUAUAUUUUUAUUUGUAUUUUUUACUUUUUUAAGUUCAUCUAUAUGUGCCGUUAUUUUUGUAUUGCAAAUGGUCUCAUAAAUGAAGUAGAAGAGAUAAAAAUACAAAGAAAAGUAAUUUGGCAAGGAUGUCAAUGCUUGGGGGGAAAAAUACAUGGGUCAGCAUCAUAUUAUCAACACUAGAAAUAUUUUGAGUGUCUUAUCACUGUAAAUAUGUCACGAGACCUCUUUUGAUGAGUAGUGUAAAGAAUGUCAAGGUUUUAAUCACCCAUUUUAAUUUGUUAUUAUUUACCACUUUCUUGUGGCCACUGGUCUUGACUUAAUUGAACCCAAUCAAACAGCAUGCUUUUGUUUUUACUAUUAAAAUUUCUCCGUGUUUUUCAGUUGAAUAUUGUUUUGUUUUCUUUCAGUUUUGUACUUCAGGUUUUGUUUCUUGCUUGUGAGAAGUUGAUCUUCAGAAUUAUUUUUACACUAUUUAUGAUUUAUUUUCAUAAUGUAAAAAGUGUGUAAUUAUUAAAAUAUUAAUCCAA